GAAUGAUAGAAGAGCCGGCCCAAAUAAACUCAUCUGAUCCCAAAGAGGUCAAUUCAUCACAAAAGAUUCCAGAUUGGGUUAGUAAUAAUCUAAGACCUCUCGUCCACGAGCUUGGUCUCGAAGAUAAAGUUAUGGAAUUUGAUAAAA